AUGAUGAUGAUGAUGCCUGCAAAUCGUCCUGUGAAAUUUCUCAAGUUGUGCGUGCGUGUGUGCGUGCGUGUGCGCGUGUGCCAUUCCUGGUGCUUGAAACCAGAACUUGGGAGCUUGUCUCUGAUUUUCGCCCUACCACCAAGCCACAACUCUACUUCCAGCUCCUUUUUUGUAAACUGGAGCAUUUAUGACAUUAACAAAGAAAAGGACCAUGUCAACAAUUCUAGGUGUCUAUGUGAUGAAUUAAAACCACCCUUACAUUCAGUCUUAGAGAACAAUAAUAGAAGGAUUCUAUCAGAAGACAUUUUUCAGACGGUGUCUCUGAGUUCAGAUUCUCUCUUCCAGAGGGCGGUUUCAAUUCUCCAUACUUCUUACUUGGAUUCUGCAUCUGAGCAUGGGUUUCAGUACAGUCACGUGACUUUUGUGAAGAAUGACUUUUUCUUAAAUGAGUACAAAGCUUUUUACCAACAAAAACAAACAAGUAAUUAUACUGAGGAAGAACUUCAAGAAACUUAUGGAUUUUUUCUGCUUGAAACUGAAAAUCAGGCAAAAUUGAUAUGUCAACGUGGACUCUGUGUUGGCAGCAGUACUGUUACCACGCUUGGUGAUCCUGCCAAAGGUGUAUAUGUUUCCAAAUAUUCAGACUAUCUUCAUCCAAGACCAUGGUAUCAUGGGAAAUCUGGUUAUAUUGUAAUUUUUAAUAUAAUUAAGGGAAAAGUCAAGUUUGUAUCUGAGAAUUACACAGUUAACUACACUAGGCCAUCUUCUGGCUAUGACUGCCAUGUGGCUAAACAUGCUAACAAAGUUUCUGACAAGACAAGCCAUUUUCGUGCCUUCGAACUGAGUCAGUGUUACUUCUAUGAACUUUCAGGCAACACUAUUAUUAGUCGACCUAGACAAAUCUGUCCUUUUUUAAUUGUAGCUUUUCAAUACAGGGAACCUAAAACCAUGGCAGCACCAACUUAUGAAAGCAUAUUUGAACUCUGUUUAGAUGCUCCCAUCUCUCCGUGGAAAGGAAAAUUAAUUGUUCAAGGUUGUGUGCUAUGUGAUAUAACUCUUCGGUCUACUUAUAGCACAAUGAUUCCAUCGCAACUACCACGGGAACUAGAUUUUAAAUACAUAAUGAAAGUGUCUUCUCUGAAAGAAAAACUACCAGAAGCUGCCUUUAGAAAACAGAAUUACUUGGAGCAGAAAGUUUGUUGCCAGGAUUUGUGCUUUGAUUUGUAUGAGGUGGAACUGUCAAAUAAACAAGGAGACAACUUAGAUAAGCUAAUAGAAUAUAUUAAAAGUAAGCAAUUGGCAAUUGUCAAGUGCUUAGAAGAUAGAGAAGUUUUCGUUUUACUUACAUCAUCGGCCUUAAUACCAGCACCAGAUUUUGAAGAGGAGCAGAUGGGUAUAUAUGGGUUACAUUUAUUCCAUUCACCUCUGUCAACAGUAGGGGUGAAGGAUUGGAAAGUCGGAGAUGACCUGUCUUCGAAAGUGAUACCUAUAAUACCUGCGCUAAAUUGUGCCCUGCUAGAAGCAAAGAAAUCACUUCUUGAAGAAAGAACCCAUCCAAACACAUUGGUGCAGUGCAGUUUACAAGCACGCUCCAGAGCGGACAGUAGCCUCUCCUUGAUGGCUGUGCCUCAGGACGGGGUGAAGGAAACUGGAUCAUUUGGGAAAUUGCCCAUUGAUUUUGACUUGAUUCCCCCUCCUGAAAAGUGCCCUCUAGAGUCUUUCAUUCAGUUGAAGUCUUACAUUUCAGACUCCAGUGGUUAUUCUUUGGAUGUAUCUACUGCUCAGGAUUUGUUAGCAGAGCGACCACAGACUCCUUUUCUUUCAGAUGGAAUUUGUGAUGCUGGAUUUUCUUUAGUUAUGACUCCAGAUCCUGAAUUUCUUGACUCAGAAGCAGAAGUGAAAAAAGAAACUGAAAAAGAAAAUUCUGCAACUAUGUUGGACACAAAGAACAGUGGAGCUCUGGGUGCAGUGAAUCCACCAGAAUCAAAUCUGAGAGCACAAUCCAAGAGAAAGGUCAACAUACCACUUGUGCAGAGUAAAAGGAUGAACCUGUGUCACCCCUUGCCCAAAAGAACUGCAUCUGAAACAGAUAAUGGGGUGCACUCUCCAACAACUCUUAAGUUGGUUAAAGGAGAGUUUCCUCAGAAAAAAAGAGGUGCAGAAGUGCUAACUGCACAGUUUGUGCAGACAACCAAAUUGAAUGAGACAAACCAAGAAGUUACUAUUUUUAAACAUAUUCCAGUGGCAGUGGAUGUUAAAAGGGCAAAGAAGCAAGAGAAAUCUCCAGUCAAAACUAAGCCGCGUGUGUCAAAAUCUCCACAAAAACAAAUGGUAAAUAUAGUAAAAGACAAAAGGAAUUCCACAAUCAGAAAGCAACCACAACCUGCCAAAAGAGAAACCAGUUUACAGCUUCAAUCAGAAAUUUCACCAGAUGGUCAAAAAGAUGGAAUUAGCAUAAAUACAGCACAACCAGAAUGUACUUCUAUUGCUCCCAAAGAUCUUCCUCAGAACUCCUCUUCCAUCUGUGACUCCCAGGCCCUAAAUAUGUUAGCUGACCUAGCUUUAAGCUGUGCUGCCUCUUCUAUACCAUCAUAUGAUCCUAGAAACCUUUCCUUCUCCACUGAAUUGCUACAAAAUGAUGUUUCACUCUCUAAAGAAAACUUACUGUAUUGUACCUCUGACCAUGAAUAUCAUAGAGGAGUUAAGAGUCAAAAGGGUGUACUACUACCGAAACCAUCCUCAGAUAGAAGGGACCAUUCUGAGUCGGACAUAACCAUUAACCAAGAAGAGAACUUGGGUGCUGGUAGUCAGGACCCUGCCAAAGCCCAGUCAGCACUCCCUGAAGAAGCUCUACCAACUUCAGCUACAAGCCAAAACCUAAAUGCUUUUGUUGCUGUGGAACAUUCAUAUGCCCUGCUCCUUCCAGACUAUUCAAAGAAACAUUUACACCAGAGGGGUUUACCAGGCCCUACCUUUGCCAAGAAUGGGACAAAAGGCCCUGAGGCUGGAACUCCAGUAGGAAAAGUCAUACCAUUUCGGCAUCUACAGAACAUUUCCCCUCUACAGAAGUUUCCAGACGACUCAUUGAUUAAGCGCAGAAGUCGAUUUGUAACUUCUAACCUGAAAGAUACCUGUUCUCAUACUGUGUCUAACUGUGAUGGCUCCUUGAAGGUCACUUUCAUAUGUGACACAGAAUAUAAAUUUAGUUUAGAUAGUAAAUAUACCAACAACCCACUGGAAAAAACCAUUUUAAGAGCAUUACAUGGGCCUUCGCUGCUUUUAUCUUGUGACCAGGGUCAUGAGCUUCUCCGACUUCCUUGUACAGCUCAUCGAGGGACCAUACUGAGCUGCAGAUUCUGGUGCCAUCUAGGCAAUCAGAAUAAAGUCGUACCGUCAUCCAGAAAAGUUGUGGAACACAGCAAUCCAGCAAAAUAUGUGUCUAUAAAUAGCACUUUAGACUUUUUCAACCUCAGUGAAAUGGAGGAGAUCUCCAGUGUAGAAAAAUGUUCUCUAGAUCCUCUGUUGGAGACUAAAGAAACAUCUGGAAGUCCUGCUAAAGCGUCCUUCCCUAGCUCUAACUGUGUGCUUCCAUUCGUUGCGUCACCAUCUGUGAGACACGUGGGGCUCGGUGUACAGAAUGAAGAGAAAGAAGAGUUGGCAAGAGAGUGUCGUCUGGGAACCUCCGAGAGCCAGAACUCCAUCUGUUCCUGUAAUAAUGAGCUAAGUGGAGAAAAAGCCAAAGAAGAAUUAUCAGAUAAGCCAAAGACUUCUAGUCUUGUGCUUUCUGGUACUAUAAGUAAGCAAACUAACAGACCUUCUAUUUCUGGUGAAGCUAAAACCUUUCAGCCACUUGAGAACACUGGAUUGGCCUCUUACAGUGACACUGUCACACAAGCCACAUUGCCGAGGACUUAUGAUGGGUCCAGCAGCCAGGCAGUGGUGUGUCAGAAGGUUUCUGUGUACAGCGCCUUGAAGAGCAAAGGUGCUCAUUUUCCUAGAACCAUGCAGACAGAAACAGGUGCUAUACCUGACCUCAGCCAGCAGAGCAGCCUCAUAAACAGUGAGUGUCAGCCCUCUCUGCAAAGGGUGGAUGAUGAGAACACGGAGUGUGAGGUGAUUAGUGUGGAGCCACUUACUCUUACUUUCGGAAAAAAUGCCUGUGAACAAAUACAUACAGAAGUGAACAUAGCCAACAACCCUCCAGCCUUUAAUACUGGGUUGAUGAAGCAAAUAUCACCUACCGUGAACAGUAAGCAUCCUAUAAUUUCAUUAGAAAAUGCACAAACACAAGGUCCCCAGGAAACUGUGCUGCUGACUGGGCAGUUAGGCACUAAGUACCUCUCUGCCUCCUCUAUAAGUGAAGAGAUGGUUGCUGACAAAAUGUGUUCCGAUCAGAAAGAGAUAGCUCCUGCAGUAUCAUCACCACCUGCUGAGAAACCAUCGGUAAUGGAAUCGCUGUCACUAGUUGACAGUUCGCGUUAUCCAGUUGCUAAUGACAUCAUUCACCACUCUCAAGCUGUCUGUGUGCAAACACCAAAUCUCCUUAGUAUAUCUUCAGAAGAGAUUAUAGAGCCACCCCAAGUUGAAGUAGCCUCACUAUCUCCCUCUGCUACCCCAGGAAAUUAUUCCCUUAACUGUAUCCCUCCAGAAAGCACUACAUUAGAUGGGUCUUUAGAACUAAGGAAUGAUGACAGAAGCAACCUCAACUGUGAAAAUACGAAUUUGGAAUCAUUUAAUUUAGUCCAUGACAAGCAAACCAGUUUAUCUAUGAAUAGGGAGGAGGUUGGCACAGAACUGUCAGUGGAAGGGUCUGAUAUUGACCUGACUCUAACAGUAUUACCACCUUCAAGUCCCAGGGAAGAAAUCCCAGCUGGCAGAGUAGAAGAACUACAGGAGUCACAACUUCAGAGUAGAACGAAAGAAAUAGUUAGGUCUAACGAGAAGGCAACCCUCAUAGAAAACAGAGAAGUAAAUUUAGCCAGGGAUACAUUAGUGCAUCCUACUAAGUCAGAAGAAUCAUUAGGAAAUGAGAAAAUUGAUAGUUCACAUCCGGUUACUCUAAUAUUUUCUAAAGAAAGUUGUGCCCUUGAGUUUGUAAAGGAAAUGAGUGUUACUUCUACCAUUCCCUUUGAUUCUCUAAUUGAAGAAGUGUCACCAGCUUCUAGUCCUGGCCUCCCAGUGUCUUCGGAAGAAAUAAGACCAUCUCAGACUGUGUCUCCCUAUAGUUCAAAAGUUGGUGGUACACAGUAUGAGAGAAGUAAUAAAUUCUCUCCGAUCAAGGUAGGAGAUUUACCUGUAACAGAAAAAGAAAAUUGUUUUGUUUAUUCCACUUACCCAGUGGGAAAAGAUGACUUAACUGAAAUAGAACAAAUUCAGCUCUCAGCUAAAAUGCCUCUAAUGUUAGCUAAUCGUCCAGAUACCCAAAGUAGACCAAUCCUUCCUGGUAAAGCAAGUGCAGGUAUUGUAGGUGGCCAUGGUGAGGGGUUAGCUUUCUCAGAAAAGGUGCAGCACUGUGGUGUGGAGUUAAGUAAGUCUGCCUCUAUUGCCAAAUGUGAAGGCGAUUUUAAACCUUCUCUUGAAAAACUGGCAAAACCAGGAAAUCCUUUGCAGCCAGUGCGUUUAGAGAACAGAAAUUUAGAUUUAAAGCACCUUCACUUAGAAUCCAGUAAGCCUCCCCUUAGUCCUAGAAACAUGAUUGAAAAUAAGUCUUUGGCAGACACUUUGGUUUCUAAAACUGACCUCAGUGGAAUAGUGAAUACACCACUAAAACAGACUAGCCCUGAAAGCAUUAUAAAAAAUAUCUAUGGCUGUGAUUUGAAAAUAGAUGCUGACAGUUAUAUACAAGUUAAGUCCACAAAUUCUGCCUCCAUUGAUGGAGCUGAUGUUACACAGGCAUACAUGCACCCAGAGUUUCCAAAGCUUGAUUUCCUCUCAGAUGGUGCUUCAAGACCACCAAGUGUAGCUUCAAGCUAUCAAACACAGGAAAUAUCGGUGGUCAGAAUGGCCCAUUUGCUUAAUGGUGAAACAGACGUAUUAUAUGACAGAAGCACAGGUCUCGGUGCUGUGAGCCUUCAUUCUUGCCCUUGUACAAAAGGUGAGCAAAAAACCCAUGUGCUACAGGGUACGUUGCCAUAUGAAAUGAAGGAGCAGUGGGAUGGUGAGGGUUUCCCUGUGUGUGCUGGUUCUGACCAGGACACAGCAAACACCAGUGAUAGUGUGGAUAAAGAUUCUUCAGAUUCCUUGGCUUCAGAAUCCUUUGACCCUGACCCAUGUAUAGUUUCUGAAGAGCAGAUGGUCAGGAAGAACACUAGUGGGAGGCACGGAGUCAACACAGGUUCUGAAACCCUUGUCAGAGACACUGAGAUGAGCGUGAACACUAAUAGGCACUGUGAGCCACUUUCUGGAAACUUGGAUGAAGACACUCUUGACUUUAGAAAUCCCAAGUUUGAUAAGGAGAAUUUGGGUCCUUUAAGGGGUAGUCGUGAUAGCAAAAAAGAAGAUGCUGCAAAAGAUAAUUACGACUCUUUCAUGAACUUAAACAAGAGACACAAUGAAGCUUGGGGCUACUCUAAUAAUAAAGACGUUUCACGGCUGGAGACAAGCAUUCCUCCCAGAAACUGGGCUCAGGGUCUAAAGACGGAUAAGUACAUGACAAGUUACGUGCAUAUCCCUGACUCCCAGGGGGUCCUCAGGACUUACGCCAACUUCACUGUCACAAGAGAGGUGGAAAGUGAGAGGAAAACCAGUCUGAAGAGCCAUCCACGUUCUGCAGAUGCCAACCUGCUCAGCUCCUGGACUUGGCACGCGGCAAAGGACCUCACCCAGAGCACUUUAGACAUUGAAUAUCUACGCUUUGCCCAUGAGGUAAAGGCAGUAGCAAAGGAUAGGUGCCCUCGGAAAUCUGCCUUAGAAUCUAACAGUAUCUUCUGGAAAGAAUCGUCUACCCCAGUUGGAGCUUUCCCUUCAACAAAAGUAUCUGAGAACUCAGUUUUCCACCCAGAAUCCAGAAGCCCUCUUGUGGUAACAGUUGUACAGUCCAGCAGCAGACAGCAGAACCCGCCUAAAAGCAAACUCUCACCCAGUGAUGUGCACAGUUCUUCCUCGGUUUGGAAAGAGAAAUGUCUCAGUAGAAACCUUACAAACACUGAAAGAAAUCAGACAGUUCCUUUCCACCUCAACAGACUAAGCUGCACAAGUACCUUGAAGGACUCUCAGAAUGAUAUCUCUCUUAUCCUAAAUGAAUUUGCUGAGUUUGACAAGGUGAUGAUUGACAGCAGCCAAGUUUUCCAAGAUGGAGAUGUCAGUGUGACCUCUGAAGAAGCCACAUCCCAGCGGAUGUGCCCAUCUUUCCCAAGACUGCCAGUCUCCUACAGAAAUCUGAUCACAGACUUCUGUGACAAUUUGCAUGUCAAACUAAAGAGUGUUACACAAGAGGCUUCUGAGGGUCCCUUCUGGUUCUACCUUGUUGAAACAGAGGAUAAGUCCUUCUUCUUACAAACAAAGAGCGUUCUGAAGAAAGGAGGACAUAGAGAAGUUGAACCUCAGCAUUUCUGUAAGGCUUUUGGCAGAAAGAAUGAUAUGCUAAUAGUUAUCAUCAGAAACGAAGAUAUAGCAUCACAUUUGCAUCAAAUUCCUUCUUUGCUGAAGAUGAAGCAUUUCCCCAACAUUACGUUUGCUGGAGUAGACAGCCCUAAAGAUGUUCUCAGUGACAGUUACCAAGAGCUGUUUCGCACUGGAGGUUUUGUGGUAUCAGAUGACAAGAUGUUAGAAGCUUUAACGUUAGCUCAGCUGAAGGAGAUCAUCCGAAUCCUAGAGACACUGAAUGGGAAUGGAAAUGGAAGAUGGAAGUGGUUGCUUCACUACCGAGAAAAUAAAAAGCUGAGGGAAAGUGCAAGAGUGGAUCCAAUUGCAUAUAGAAAAAACUUAAUACUGAAAUCAUAUCAAAGUGCAAAUAUCAUUGAACUGCUUCACUAUCACCAGUGUGACUCUCAGUCAUCAACAGAGGCUGAAAAUUUGAAAUGUUUGAUCAACCUGCAAAUUCAGCAUAUUAAUGCCAGGUUUGGUGUCUUCCUAGUAGAUAAGCCUACUUUUGCUGCCUCCACACAAGUCUUUGAAAACAGUGGAAUCCUUGUUACAGAUAUAAAUUACUUUAUUGAAAACAUACAAGGCCUAGCAGCUCCAUUUAGGAGUAGCUAUUGGUGACUCAACUAAGCUUGCCCAUACAUGGAGGACAGCAAAUGAAUGUCCUCUCACUUGAAAACUAAUGUUCUACAACUCUUUGAAGUUUUCCUCUUUUGUUGUUACUGUUCUUAGACAUCUGACUUCACCAUGGCAUAGUUGCAUUAGUUUGGGGUGGUAGUUUAAAAUAUAAAUUAUUUUUAAAAUGCCUUCAAAACUUAAUUGAGCCUACUAAAGACAAGAACUUCAUGUUUACAUAGAACAGCAAUCAACUUUAACAAACCUUUGUUUUUCCAAGUUAACGUAAGAAAAACAUAAGCAGCAUCGUGUUUCAGAGGCUUUGCCACAUUUGUAAAAAAAUGUAUUUAUUGUUUCAUUUGUUGUAUAUAAAGGAACACUACACAAAGUUGAAACACUUUUAUAAACGGUACAAAUUUGUAAACUUUUCCAUUUUCUGUUUUUGUAAGUACUGACUGCACUACAAAAACUCAACCCUGGAGAAAAAGUAAUCAUUUAUUUAUGAUAUUGGAAAUCAUUUCUUUAAGGCACAAAACUCAGCAAAGAAAUUUGUAAGAUACUAUUUGGAGCAAAGAUUUUUAUAACUAGUUUGUUUCUUUUUUAAAUAAAGUCAUCUAAAAA